GAGACGCAUCUGGCCGCAACAAUGGGCAUGUCGAAGAAAGAAGAUGGAAAUUACCCAGGCCUGCGUGUCCUGCCAUGGCGAGGAAUGACACGGCAGCCAACAUGACUCACAGCAAAAGCAACAUGACGCCGCCGACUGUCAAUGUGCAACAAGGACACGACGUGACGGCCCACACUGCGAGUCAUCGGUUCCGUGGCGUUUUGGUUGACGAGCAACCAGUGUCUCCACGGCUGCGGGCUUGCAACCAGGUGCGCAAGGCAAUCUGGGGUGCAUAAGGCCGUUUUGGUCUCAUGCGCACGGAGAGAGUGCUCCGGUGCGAAUACAUUGUGUGUCAGCGUGGCGCUGCUGUAUAUGUUCUGGACGAAAAGACAAAAAGCCACUUGCUUGUACAGGCGUUCGCAUCACGACCUCCAUCUGGCGGUGGCCAGCGAGAAGCCAACGGCCGCGGAAUUCAUGAUUGGCGGAACCAGAUUGUCCGUAUACAGCGAAGCACUUAGGUGCAGAAAAUCUACUGCAGGGACAGCAUCGCAGCCCAAAUUUCAUCUCGAGAAGUACACACCAGGCCUGCAGGCAAGAGUGUGUAUGUGUAAGAGAAAA